UGGGUGGGCCACGCCGACUUCUGCGAACGCCGCGUCUUGCCUUCUGCUCAGCGCCGCGACCCCACAGGCUCCGCACAGACCCGCCGCGGCGACAGAGCCAUGGCUGAGCGCGGCGAACUCGAUCUGACCGGCGCCAAGCAGAACACGGGCGUGUGGCUGGUGAAGGUUCCUAAAUACUUGUCUCAGCAAUGGGCAAAAGCCCCUGGAAGAGGCGAAGUUGGAAAGCUGCGCAUUGCCAAGAAUCAAGGAAGAACUGAGGUAUCAUUUACCUUGAAUGAGGAUCUUGCAAAUAUUCAUGAUAUUGGCGGAAAACCAGCUUCAGUCAGCGCCCCGAGAGAACACCCAUUUGUCUUGCAAAGUGUUGGAGGACAGACUUUAACAGUAUUCACAGAGAGCUCAUCAGAUAAACUUUCAUUGGAAGGAAUAGUGGUACAGAGAGCUGAAUGCCGACCUGCUGCCAGUGAAAACUACAUGCGAUUAAAGAGAUUGCAAAUAGAAGAAUCUUCCAAGCCUGUUAGACUCUCACAGCAGCUGGACAAAGUUGUGACAACCAAUUACAAGCCUGUGUCUAACCAUCAGUACAACAUUGAUUAUGAAAGGAAAAAGAAAGAAGAUGGAAAGCGAGCUCGGGCAGAUAAACAGUAUGUUCUGGACAUGCUGUUUUCCGCCUUUGAGAAGCAUCAGUAUUAUAAUCUGAAGGACUUGGUGGACAUCACAAAACAGCCUGUGGUCUACCUGAAGGAAAUCUUACGAGAAAUUGGUGUUCAGAAUGUAAAAGGAGCCCACAAAAACACGUGGGAGCUGAAGCCAGAAUACAGGCAUUAUCAAGUGGAAGAGAAGAGCGACUGAGCAGCCUUCCCGGAGCACAGACGCGGCAUCUCGGGUGCUCCUGAGUCCGGCGUGGGUCGCAGACAUUGGGCUCCACCUGGAGAGAGGGUUCAUGACUGGUUCCCUAGCUUCUCUGCCAGAUUCCUUAAAGCCAACCAUUCUUACAAAGUUUGCAGAGUGCUUUUGAGAAGAACAAAUUUAUUUAUACACUUGGAUUAAGCCAGAUUAUUUGUGCUAUGGAUAGAGGUUGGAGGGUUAGGAACAGGUUCUUUUGAAGUAUUAGCUCUUGAGCUGUAAAAGUGGGACUGUCUUCUAUGUGAAACACCCUGUCCUCGCUGUGUCCUCUGGAGCUGCGAGAACACAGACCUGGAGAAAGGCAUGUAAGGAAAAAUGACCAACUCGCGUUAAAAGGAAUAAAGAUUCGAUCUUCCUAGUUCUGAACUUAUGAGAAAACCAA